AUGGAUUAUUUGAAAUCAUAUGAAAACUUUUUACUAAAGAAUGCAUCACAAAUAACGAGCAUCGAAUCUUCUCUGCGAUCCCUCACCUAUUUUUUACCUGGUCGCUUUCAUGACGCAGAACUCGCCUCUCAAGCACUCUAUGCUGCUAUCAAUUUAAUAGGACUCUAUCAUAAUUCAAUUUUAAGAAGAGCUGCUCAAGCCUAUGCCAAAGAAGAAGGUCAGACAGGCGAUGGCUUUCUAUUAGAAGAAUCCAACUUUAAUAAAUACAUUCAUUUUUGGUCCAACAAGUCAAAACUCAAUGCCACAGCUUCCACCGCCCUGUCCGUUCUAUCUUAUACUCAAGUUUUGUUGGAAAUGGCAGUAAUGAAGAAGUUUGGAAAAAAGAAACAAUGGGAACUCAUCGCCACUUUAGAGAUGAUCAAAGUUGUGUUAAGAUUGACUUUAUACCAAACAACAGGUCAAAGAAUGACUUUGCAACCAACCCAUUCAGAAAGAGAAAUCGAUCCCACCAGCCUCCAACAACAACAGGAACAAUCAUCACAGCAGCAGCAGCAGUACCAGAAAAGUCAUUACGUCGGACAGAGAACAGGCAUAUGUAUACCUUCUUUAUCAGAUACCAUCGAAUUGAAUCAAAAUCACUUCAUGUCUUCCGGACGCAAACAUCAUCCAUCGACCCACUCAACAGCAGCCUACACAGAUGUAACAGACUAUCUCUUGUCCAAAGUAUUGACACCAGAAAAAUUACGUAAACCAGAUCAAAUGGUACAAAUACAAAAGAAUUUAUCCAAGUGGGCCGAAGUACUCUACAUUUUCAGGCCUUUGAUCUAUGUAUUAUGUAUUUUACGUUACGGCAAGAGAUCAUGGAAACCUUGGUUCAUUUCUUUCAUAGCUGAAAUAGCCUCCCAAAUCGCUUUGAAAAAGGGUUAUGAUCAUGCAAAUCAACGUAUGAUGCCCUUAGAACGUCACGAAUAUAUGCGAAGAGGUCAACAAUUGUUACUGUUGAAUGUGAUGCGGGGUGCAUUUUAUAUGAAAUGGACGAGACCUCGAUUAGAACGUCUCUGUAAUCGCCUGGAAUCAAAGCCUUUACUGUCUAUCGCAUCCAAUGUGUUGCGUGAUUAUCUACCUCUAUGGGAGCAGAUUUAUUUCUAUACUUCAGCUUCUUAA